AUGGCUUUGUUGUACGAAACCGUUCCAGCUUUCGAGGAUACAUGGAUCGAGUGCCUCGGAGACCUUGGCCGAUAUCGGAUGGCGAUUGAGGACGAAGAUGUCCGGGACCGUGAGACUUGGGCAGGCGUCGCGCGCUCUUGGUACACCAAGGCUGCCGAUAAGAAUCCUACUGUGGGUCGUCUAUAUCACCACCUCGCUAUCUUGGCACGACCAAAUGCUCUCCAGCAAAUGUACUACUACUCUAGGUCUCUGACCUGCGUCAAACCAUUCCAGAGCGCGCGAGAGUCAAUCUUGACUCUACUGGAUCCUAUUCUUGGUCGUGCAGGCGCACCUCUCACACAUGCCUUAGCGAUCGACACCAACUUCAUCAAAGCACACGGGCUGCAAUUCGAGGAGUCUUGUGUGGACACGGCUCAGGGGCAGAAGCAUCAGCAUACAACUGAGUUCAUGGACGCGAAGGCGGACUUCAUCGGAAACCUGGACAAUCACAUUGGUCGUGUGACAGCAAAAUGGAAGGAGCAGGGUGUAUACAUCGCGGUUACCAAUAUUGCCGGCUGGUUUGAAUACGGGAAAAACGACAAUCUUCUUCGCCAGAUUUUGCUGCUUCCGAUCUGGGGGAGAGCAGAAGAUCCUCAAAAGGCGACCGAAGACAAGAUUCGGAGUGCAUCUCCGGCUGACCAACAGAAUCCAAUGAAGCCUUUAAUUGCCUCGAGUAAGCCCGAAGAUAUUGAGCAGGAUAUUAAGAAGGCAAUGGACAAGUUCAAAGUCCUUCAGACCUUCAUCAACGCAAAAUCGAUCACGAGGGAGACGUUCGCUCUCGUACUCCGCCGCAUCGGCGACAAGAACGUGCUUCCUCACGUACACAUUAUGCUCGCUUUUCUUUCUAGCUUUGCUUCCAGUACAUACGUUUCCGAUCUCAUUGAGGACGCGCCUUGGGCCGAACUCGUUGCUUUCCUUAAUACGUUGGUCAAGACGGAGAACCAGAUCCAGAGUCAUUCACAAAGCCAUACGCCCAACAUCGAUACAAUACUGGCUUCCGGUGUAUUUCCUGGGGAGGGCGAGAGGGGCGACGAGCUGCCUUUGCCUGAGGAUUAUCUUGUGCGAGGCUUGAUCUGGGCAGACGAUUACUUUCCCAUCAAGUGGUUUGAGAGAGAGCAUGACGAAGAGGAGCGAUAUUUGGAGUUGGCGAGUACAGUCAAACAUCGCAUGGAGAGGGUCUUGAGACUGGGCUAUGCAAUCGCAAAGGCAAAGUGGAUCACAUACGCUAAGGACUCUCAUACAUUUUCUGUCCGGACCCAAUGA